AUGUGGAAUCCUCCAAAUGGAAUCAGUGAGGAUUGCUUGAAUAUGAAUAUAUGGGUACCGGCAAAUCACGAUGGUUCUGUUAUUGUCUGGAUUUUCGGAGGAGGCUUCUUCAGCGGUUCUCCUUCGCUAGAUCUCUACGACGGUACGGCGUUGGCGGCCAAAAAGCACACAAUUGUGGUGAACAUAAACUAUAGAUUGGGACCAUUCGGUUUUCUCUACCUCGGCGACGAUUCACCUGUACCAGGAAAUAUGGGUCUGUUAGACCAACAAUUGGCUCUGCAAUGGGUGCACGAAAAUAUUGGCUCAUUUGGUGGCGAUCCUACUCGUGUGACUCUAUUCGGUGAAUCGGCUGGUUCCGCCUCGGCCACUGCUCAUAUUGCGGCUCCGGGCAGCUAUCCAUACUUCAACAAAAUAAUCGCCAAUAGUGGAACGAUAAUGAACUCGUGGGCAAGCCGAACGCCGGACACCAUGCUCGAAUUGUCGUUGAGACUUGCAAAACGGCUCAAUUGCACUUCGAGAAGCACCGACACCGCCGCGAUCCAGAAUUGCCUACGUGCAGCUCCAGCCAGUGUUAUCCAGGUAGAAGCCGAUUCAGUUUCAAGUGACAUCGGUUUGCCGAUGACGUUUGCUUUUGUGCCCGUCAGCGCUGAUAGGAACUUCUUCCAAGGUGACGUGUUCGAACGCCUUCGCAGUCGUAACUUCAAAAAAGAUGUGAGCGCUAUAAUUGGCACAGUAAAAGACGAGGGCACGUACUGGUUACCGUACUACAUGUAUCGCUAUGGAUUCUGGUUUAACCAUACGAUCUCAGCGGAAGAUCCUAAGAACAAAGCCCUAAUAAACGAGGGAACAGUAUCGACAGUCGAUGCAAGCAUUCAUGCCUUAUUUCGGGAACUCGCCCCUUGUCGAGCACGCUCUUCUUCAUGCAUAUCAAACUGUGUCUGA